GGCAGGGCAGGGCAAGGACCAGCGGUGUCGCGGCUGUCUCUUGGGCCGCGCCGCUGCCAUGGAGACGCUGUACCGCCUGCCCUUCGCCGUGCUCGAGUGCCCCAACAUCAAGCUGAAGCGGCCGAGCUGGGUGCACAUGCCUUCGGCCAUGACCGUGUACGCGCUGGUGGUCGUGUCCUACUUCCUCAUCACCGGAGGGAUUAUCUAUGACGUGAUUGUGGAACCUCCCAGCGUGGGGUCGAUGACAGAUGAACAUGGGCACCAGAGGCCAGUGGCCUUCUUGGCAUACAGAGUAAAUGGGCAAUAUAUUAUGGAAGGGCUUGCAUCCAGCUUCCUCUUCACAAUGGGCGGCCUAGGAUUCAUAAUUCUGGAUCGAUCCAAUGCACCAAAUAUCCCCAAGCUGAAUAGGUUUCUUUUGCUCUUUAUUGGAUUUGUCAGUGUGCUUUUGAGCUUCUUCAUGGCUAGAGUUUUCAUGAGGAUGAAAUUACCGGGCUACUUGAUGGGUUAGUACCUCUUGUGAUGUAUGGAAGCUGGAGAUGAAUUUACUCCUCUUCAUGAAUUGUUUAAGAAGCAGCAGCAAGAAACAAAUUCCAUAGUCACCGUCAACAGGAAGGAGACUUGGCCAUGAGAAACAACUAGGGAAACUGCUUUCUCUGCAAACAAACUCCUCUUCCAAUGGCUGAUUUGUGGUUUUGAAGCAAUGGUUUAUCACUUCUGGUUUAGAGCUUUUGAAAAGACCAAGUUACCUAGCUGGGUUUUUCUCUUAUAUCCCAACUCAGUAUGAAAUAGAGAACCUAUCUUCAGCUCUACCUGAAAUGAGUAUUAGCCAUUGUCUUGACAGUUCUUUGUUGCAGGUCUGUCUCCUCUUCCCUGUGUGGGAAAAUUACAUGUGUGAUUCGAAGAAUGUUUCUUUCCAAGUUAUAAUUAGAAAAUUAGUAACUUUGGAUGAUUUACAGUCAAAAUACAACGUGUCAGGAAUUACUUUAAAGGCACCUUUUGCCUUUAUAUUAAUGGCUCUAUGUGAGCGAAUCCAGACAUGCACUAGGAAAGGCAAACUCUAUGAAUGUGCAUUUCUUUUUGAAAAAGUGUAUGAAAGGAGCCAAAUAAAACUUAUUUUCUACAAAA